UGAAGAUGAAUAAUGCAGGCCACUGGUUUCGAUGAUGCUGGGCUUUUAUAACUGGAUUCAUUAAGGAAUACAAAGAAAAUUCUUACAGGGAUCAAUAAUGGUGUCUUCUGGCUGCAGAAUGAGAAGUUUUUGGUUUCUGCUCCUUGUCAGCUUCCUGCAGUGUACUGAAGGUUUCAGCCGGGCAGCACUCCCGUUUGGUUUGGUGAGGAGGGAGCUCUCCUGCGAAGGUUACUCCAUCGACCUGCGGUGCCCGGGCAGCGAUGUCAUCAUGAUAGAGAGUGCCAACUACGGGCGGACAGACGACAAGAUCUGUGAUGCUGACCCCUUCCAGAUGGAGAACACGGAAUGCUUCCUGCCAGACGCCUACAAGAUUAUGACACAAAGGUGCAACAACCGAACACAGUGUAUAGUAGUUACUGGGUCAGAUGUGUUUCCUGAUCCUUGUCCUGGAACAUACAAAUAUCUAGAAGUUCAGUAUGAAUGUGUUCCUUACAAAGUGGAGCAAAAAGUUUUUGUUUGCCCGGGGACGUUGAAAGCAAUUGUGGACUCACCGUAUUUAUAUGAAGCUGAACAAAAAGCAGGUGCUUGGUGCAAAGACCCUCUCCAGGCUGCAGAUAAAAUCUACUUCAUGCCCUGGACUCCGUACCGCACCGACACUCUGAUAGAGUUCGCGUCUCUGGAGGACUUCCAGAACGGCCGCCAGCAGACGACGUACAAACUGCCCAACCGAGUGGACGGCACCGGCUUCGUGGUGUACGACGGCGCUGUCUUUUUCAACAAGGAAAGAACGAGGAACAUAGUGAAGUUUGACUUGAGGACUAGAAUCAAGAGUGGGGAGGCCAUAAUCAAUUACGCUAAUUACCACGACACGUCUCCGUACCGGUGGGGAGGAAAGACUGACAUUGACUUGGCGGUGGAUGAAAACGGCUUGUGGGUGAUUUACGCCACGGAGCAGAACAACGGGAUGAUCGUGAUCAGCCAGCUGAACCCCUACACCCUGCGCUUCGAGGCCACCUGGGAAACGACGUACGACAAGCGGGCGGCGUCCAACGCCUUCAUGAUCUGCGGGGUCCUGUACGUGGUGCGCUCGGUGUACCAGGACAACGAGAGCGAGACCGGCCGCAACGCCAUCGACUACAUCUACAACACCAGGCUGAGCAGGGGCGAGCACGUGGACAUCCCCUUCCCCAACCAGUACCAGUACAUCGCCGCCGUGGAUUACAACCCCAGGGACAACCAGCUGUACGUGUGGAAUAACAACUUCAUCCUGAGAUAUUCUUUGGAGUUCGGCCCACCCGAUCCUGCCCAAGUGCCUACCACAGCAGUGACAAUAACUUCUUCAGCAGAGCUGUACAAAACCACAGUGUCAACCACUAGCACCACAUCCCAGAAAGGUCCCAUAAGCACAACACUAGCUGGAGGAACAAAGGAAGGAAGCAAAGGACCCAGACCACCGCCACCCGUUUCCACAACCAAAAUUCCUCCCGUGACAAGUUUUUUCCCUUUGCCAGAGAGAUUCUGUGAACCGACUGAGGCCAGGGGGAUUAGCUGGCCUCAGACACAACGAGGAAUGAUGGUUGAACGCCCUUGCCCCAAAGGAACGCGAGGAACUGCCUCGUAUCUCUGCGUGGUCUUAACGGGAAUGUGGAACCCCAAAGGCCCUGAUCUUAGCAACUGUACCUCACACUGGGUAAAUCAGCUGGCUCAGAAGAUCAGAAGUGGGGAAAAUGCUGCCAGUCUGGCCAAUGAACUGGCUAAACACACCAAAGGCCCAGUGUUUGCUGGCGAUGUGAGUUCCUCAGUGAGGCUGAUGGAACAGCUCGUGGACAUUUUGGAUGCUCAACUUCAGGAACUACGGCCCAGUGAAAAGGACUCUGCUGGAAGGAGUUAUAACAAGCUCCAAAAACGAGAGAAGACAUGCAGGGCUUACCUUAAGGCAAUUGUGGAUACAGUGGACAACCUGCUCAGGCCUGAAGCUCUGGAGUCCUGGAAGGACAUGAAUUCUUCAGAGCAAGCCCAUGCAGCCACAAUGUUACUUGAUACAUUAGAAGAAGGGGCUUUUGUUUUGGCUGAUAAUCUUCUAGAACCAACCAGAGUCUCAAUGCCCACAGAAAACAUCGUUUUGGAUGUUGCAGUGCUCAUUACUGAGGGCCAGGUGCAGGACUUGAAAUUUCCUCAGGGCAGCAAAGGAGGCAACUCGAUUCAGCUCUCGGCGAGCACCGUGAAGCAGAACAGCAGGAACGGAUCAGCAAAGCUGGUUUUCAUCAUCUACAAAAGCCUGGGCCGUUUCCUCAGCACCGAGAACGCCACCAUAAAGCUGGGCAGCGACUUGGCCGGGCGGAACAGCACCAUCGCCGUCAACUCGCACGUCAUCGCCGCCUCCAUCAACAAGGAGUCGAGCCGGGUGUACCUCACCGACCCCGUGCACUUCACACUGGAGCACAUCGACCCUGACAAUUAUUUCAAUGCAAAUUGCUCCUUCUGGAACUACUCCGAGAGGACUAUGAUGGGGUACUGGUCAACGCAAGGCUGCAAACUGGUUGACACAAAUAAAACUCACACCACGUGUGCUUGCAGUCACCUGACCAACUUUGCAAUUCUUAUGGCUCGUCGGGAGAUUGUGUACAAAGAUGGAGUGCACGAAUUGCUCCUCACUGUCAUCACCUGGGUGGGAAUUGUCAUCUCUCUUGUUUGCCUGGCCAUCUGCAUCUUCACAUUCUGUUUUUUCCGUGGCCUGCAAAGCGAUCGUAACACUAUUCACAAGAACCUUUGUAUCAACCUAUUCAUUGCUGAGUUCAUUUUCCUAAUAGGCAUCGAUAAGACAGAGUACAAGAUUGCAUGUCCGAUAUUUGCAGGUCUCUUACACUUUUUCUUCCUGGCAGCCUUUGCCUGGAUGUGUCUAGAAGGAGUGCAGCUUUAUCUAAUGUUAGUAGAAGUAUUUGAAAGUGAAUAUUCUAGAAAGAAGUACUAUUAUGUUGCUGGCUACCUCUUCCCUGCUACAGUAGUUGGUGUCUCAGCAGCUAUUGACUACAAGAGCUACGGAACAGAGAAAGCUUGCUGGCUCCAUGUAGAUAACUAUUUUAUCUGGAGUUUCAUUGGACCUGUUACCUUUAUUAUUCUGCUGAAUCUUAUCUUCCUGGUGAUCACAUUGUGCAAAAUGGUGAAGCACUCAAACACUUUGAAACCAGACUCUAGCAGGUUGGAAAACAUUAAUAAUUACCGUGUUUGUGAUGGCUACUAUAAUACGGACUUACCUGGAUCCUGGGUCCUGGGUGCAUUUGCUCUCCUGUGUCUCCUUGGCCUAACAUGGUCAUUUGGCCUGCUGUUCAUAAACGAGGGGACUGUUGUGAUGACCUAUCUCUUCACAGUAUUUAAUGCUUUCCAAGGAAUGUUUAUAUUCAUCUUUCAUUGUGCCCUCCAAAAGAAAGUGCGGAAGGAGUAUGGGAAGUGCUUCCGCCACUCCUACUGCUGUGGGGGGCUGCCCACGGAGAGCCCCCACAGCUCAGUGAAGGCAUCCACCACCAGAACCAGCGCCCGCUACUCCUCUGGCACUCAGAGUCGUAUAAGGAGGAUGUGGAAUGACACUGUGAGAAAACAAUCUGAAUCGUCUUUUAUCUCAGGUGACAUCAACAGCACUUCAACACUUAAUCAAGGAAUGACUGGCAAUUACCUACUAACAAACCCUCUUCUUCGACCACACGGCACUAACAACCCCUAUAACACAUUGCUCGCUGAAACAGUUGUAUGUAAUGCCCCUUCAGCUCCUGUGUUUAACUCACCAGGACAUUCACUGAACAAUGCCAGGGAUACAAGUGCCAUGGAUACUCUACCGCUAAAUGGUAAUUUCAACAACAGCUACUCGUUGCGCAACGGAGACUAUAACGACAGCGUGCAAGUCGUAGACUGUGGACUAAGCCUGAAUGAUACUGCUUUUGAGAAAAUGAUCAUUUCAGAGUUAGUGCACAACAACCUGCGGGGCAGCAGCAAGAACCACAACCUGGAGCGGGCGCUGCCGGCCAAGGCGGCGAUGGGCGGGAGCAGCAGCGAGGACGACGCCAUCGUGGCCGACGCCUCGUCUCUGAUGCACAGCGACACCCCGGGGCUGGAGCUGCACCACAAAGAGCUCGAGGCCCCGCUCAUCCCGCAGCGGACUCACUCCCUUCUGUACCAGCCCCAGAAGAAAGUGAAGCCCGAGGGCACGGACAGCUACGUGUCCCAGCUGACCGCCGAGGCCGACGACCACCUCCAGUCCCCCAACAGAGACUCCCUUUACACGAGCAUGCCCAACCUCAGAGACUCUCCGUACCCAGAGAGCAGCCCCGACGUCGAGGAGGACCUCUCUCCCUCCAGGAGGAGUGAAAACGAGGACAUUUACUACAAGAGCAUGCCAAACCUAGGAGCUGGCCACCAGCUUCAGAUGUACUAUCAGAUCAGCAGGGGUAACAGCGACGGCUACAUAAUUCCCAUUAACAAGGAAGGAUGUAUUCCAGAAGGAGACGUUAGAGAAGGACAAAUGCAACUAGUGACAAGCCUUUAAUAGUGUAGCAAAGAAAUAUUAAAGGCCACGUUCAAGUAUUAAAAAGACUUAAUUUGCCCCGUGCAGGCUCCCUCAUAUCUGCUUGAAGAGACAAUUCUGUUGACCCUGUGGUUCUCCAGUAACGGAGAUGACUGGACCUCGCAGUUCUGUGAAUUUUUAUAAAACAAAAACUUUGUAUAUACACAGAGUAUACUAAAAUGAAUUAUUUGUUACAAAGAAAAGAAAUACCAACAAGGUAUUUAAGAUAUCUUCUGCUGCUGAAUUUAACAAAAUUGUGAAAAAAAAAAAAAAAAAGAGAGAAAUAAACACUUUCCAGCCAUUUUACUGCAGCAGUUUGUGAACUAAAUUUGUAAAUAUGGCUGCACCAUGUUUUUUUUCCUAGGCCUACAUUGUAUUAUAUACAAGGCGUAGGCUUUAAAAUCCUGUGGGACAAAUUUACUGUACCUUACUAUUCCUGACAAGACUUGCAAAAGCAGGAGAGAUAUUCUGCAUCAGUUUGCAGUUCACUGCAAAUCUUUUCCAUUAGGGCAAAGAUUGAAUACAUGUCUAACCACUAGCAAUCAAGCCACAGGCCUUAUUUCAUAUAUUUCCUCAACUGUACAAUGAACCGUUCUCAUGAAAAAAUGGCUAAAGAAAUUAUAUUUUGUUCUAUUGCUAGGGUAAAAUAAAUACAUUUGUGUCCAACUGAAAUAUAAUUGUCAUUAAAAAAUAAUUUUAAAGAGUUUGAAGAAAAUAUUGUGAAAAGCUCUUGGUUGCACAUACGUUAUAAGCUGUUUUUCUUACACUGUUCAUAGUACGGUAGUAUGUUUAAAAUGCAACUUCUACCCAUUUUCACUUAUUUUUCACUGCAAACAGUGUUCUGCUUUGACAAGUUAGUUUUUAUUCUUAAGUUUUUGAAUUUUUAUUGCCAAAAAAACCAUAAUUUUGGGAGAAAAUUGUUUUAGAAGCCAAUUAUGCCAAGCCUUGCACAAAUUUGGUAUAGCUAACAAAGAUUGUAACUCAGUUCCCUGUUCAGUCUUUAAUCAGGGUUGGGUGGUAAGGGGUAAGGGGGACACUGGACACUCCUCACAAGCUUUCUCGUGAAUAAAAGGUGCCUGUCCUUUAAAAAAAUAAAUAAAACAUAACUAUUACUCUUCCAUAUUCCUUCUGCCUAUAUUUAGUAAUUAAUUUAUUUUAUGAUAAAAAAAAUCUAAUGAAAUGUAAAUUGUUUCAACAAAAUUCUGCUUUUUUCAUCCCUUUGUGUAAACCUGUUGAUAAUGAGCCCAUCACUAAUAUCCAGUGUAAAGUUUAACACCUGUUUGACAGUAAAUAAAUGUGAAUUUUUUUCCAAAUAGGUAAAAUGUGCAUUAUUAUGUACGAAGCAUAAUUGGCAUCAGCAGACCUUCAACCCAGAUGUAUCCUGCCUAGAAUGACUUCUUUACAUUUCAUGAUUUAAGUGGCAAGAAUACAACAGAAACUGUGUAUGGCUCUACAGAAGGGAGAUCUUUACUGUUCCUUAGUCACAAUUGAAUAGGAUCAAACUCAGACAUAGCAGGGUCAUUAGGAAAAUGUACUGUAAUUUCAUGUAUUUACAUAACUUUUAAGUAGGCAUCUGCACUGAAAUUAAAAAUAAGGUGGUAAAUGCCACUAUCAUAGUCUCGGCAACAGUAAUUAGCAGUUAAUUAUUAGUGAUGAAGAUAUAUUGUUGCAGUGGGGAAAACAUGAAUAAGCAGCAUUUGGCCAGCAGUGUGAGUGCUGUCUGAAUAAUCUAAAUAACCUAAAUAAUUCAUCCGUCACGGCGCUGGUUGGCGUCGGAUAAAUCAGGAUGACUGUCCCUGUUCUACCAGACUGGCGAACUGCAGAAGGCAGCUGAUGCCCAAGAUGUUAUCUACAAAUCAGUGGCAAAAUUGGAAGUCUGAAGUCUUUGUUGUGUUGAUUCCCAAGCCUCUUUUGUCCCUCUCACUGAGGGCCUGUCAGAGAUAACACCAAGAACUUCCAUUUGUCACCACUUCCAAAGUUGGGUUCUUCCAGAUAACUCUCAAAUUAACACCCCACCAUCACAGAGGCCACAUGUGUGCCCACUGUGACUCCAUGUGUGAUAACAGCAAAAAAUUCACUUGAAAGCUGUAUUGUUACCUUCUAAUGCAUUGGAGUAUAUAAAGUCCAUUUGGAAAAUAAGUCAAUGCAUUUUGAAGUAUCAAUUUCAGAAGAAUGUUUUCGGCAAGACUUCCUGCUGUUGAGAAAGUUCAAACUCUGUAAAAAAAAUAAAGUCCAGGUUGAGAUGGAACCGUGGGGUUCAGGUAAUCUCAAUAUAUCUGUACUCAGGACUGUGACACUGUAGUGAUUGUUCUUGAAAAAGGCAUCUUCACCACCAGCCUUACUGGUAACUCUUGCCAGUAAGUUCCUUAACACUUAAAAGUUACUGUGUUUGCAGUAAAGUCACUGAACAUUUAAAAUUCAAUCAGUACUGGUUUGCUUCUGUUUAGUAGAGAUGCUUUAAAAAUCCAAAGUCUCUAUGAAACAGGACUUUGUUCUGAUUCAGGGUGUACAGCAGACUCCUCGGAGCAAAAAUUAUUCCCUUAGUCUGUCUGACAACUUGAAAACAUACUUGCUGCCUUCUACCUAGGAAAUCAUGUUCUUAAGGGUUUAAAAAUUGUGGUGCUCAAGUAAUUACAGUACACAUGACCUAAUAACUUCACCAACUUUCUUCAGAAUCUUCAACCCUAGUUCAAGCAAGCACUCCUUUGUGUCUAACUAAAGGUGGCAAAACUACAGGCUGGAGGAAGGUUUGUAGUGUUGUGAUCUUAAAUAUAUAUUAAAUUGCAAAUGUAAUAAGUACUCACAAAACAAGAAAAUGUAGCUGAUGAACCUAAGAUGAAGCAGCUGAACCUAAGUAUCAUAAGGGAAUUCUUUUGUUAGCUUCUUUGUAAUGCAGAUGUUGCUUUUUAGUGAGCCUGGUUUUUUUUUUAAUGUUGAGCUAGUGAGAGUCCUGUGUUUAGCUAGCAGCCAAUACAUUGCCAAAUUUCUGUUGGUGUAACUUCUCAGUGUAGUAGGUUACAGUAUAAUUAUAUAGCUGACAGCUUAUUGUAAUUUCUUUAUGUUCUCUUCUCACAUUCCUGCCAUCUUGGGAUCAGAAGGACAGAAGAAUUCAGAGGAAGAGUUCAAGAAUAGUGAAAUAAUGACAGCAGAAUUAAUGGAAACAAGUGUUUCUUCAGGGUCAUCAGUUAACCAGUUCCUAUGAUGGUGCCAAAGAUAUGCUGCUAUUUUAGGCACUGUCUUUCAGAAGAGCUGUAAUUUUCUUAUGGCUAGUUAUCUCCUGUUACUAUCAGUGUUAACCCUACUGGCUUAGUUCAAUUCUUCCUUGUAACUUCAGUCCAAUUAUAUUAAUUCCUACAAAAGAUUGAAUGGGAUGUGCAUUUAGUGAACUGUUGUAUAAUGGUGCUAUGCAUUGUUUAAUAUAAAAUACAUCUCAAUUCUACAUAAGUGAACCAUAACAUGAAGAAAUGCAACACUGGUAAUAACUUUAUAGUUUAAAUUAACCUUUAUCUGUGAAUUCUACAAUACACCUUUGCUUCUUUUAAAUUUGAAAUGAAAUUAAUAAAGUUUACAUAUAUUCACUUAUGUAGGCAAUAAAGGGUGUUUCAAAUUGCCAUAAGUUAUGGAUAAAAUAUGUGUCAUAUUUCAUGUCCUAAUUUUUAAGGAAAUUUUUUUUAACUACACAGAAGAGACAUUAAGAGAGCAACGGUUGUUAUCCCAUUUUGCCUCAAAACUAACAGAACUUCUCUAUUCUAGACUUGAUUAUAUGGCAACAUAUCGUAGUGUAAACUUUUAAUCCCUGAAUAAAAUUACUUUUUAAAUCAA